AUGUGCCACGACGAAUCCGCAGUUAACGGCUGGACAGCCAUGCCCGCCAACGCCGGGCUCAUCUUCGGCUCCGAGCCCUACAUCAACAAACCCACGGCGCUCCCCCUCAGCGAGAUCCCAUUCCCAUCCGAAGACCCCGUCGUCGCAAAGACCCUGAAGUACGCCAAAGAAAAGCUCCACCCCGAAACCCUCAACCACUCAAUGCGCGUCUACUUCUACGGAAUGGCCAUCACGAAGCAACAAUUCCCCGAGCAAGCCAAGGCCCUGAACCCGGUGACUUGGGCACUUACCUGCCUUCUGCAUGACCUUGGCACUGCGGACGAAAACCUCACUGCAACCCGCAUGUCCUUCGACAUCUACGGCGGUAUCAAAGCGCUAAACAUCCUAAAGGACCUCGGCGCAACAGCGGACCAGGCCGAAGCCGCGUCCGAGGCUAUCAUCCGCCACGAAGACAUGGGCGUUGACGGCACAAUUACGUACAUCGGCCAGCUUAUCCAGCUUGCGACGACGUAUGACAACACGGGGAUCCAUCCGCAUGUGCAGGAUUUCGGGAAGUUGGUCCAUGAUUCUACGAGGAGAGAGAUCAACGAGGCGUAUCCGCGGAUGAAAUGGUGCCGGUGGUUCUCGACGACUAUUCGCAAGGAGGAGGCGAUUAAGCCUUGGUGUCAUUCGACGCAUUUGGUGGAUUUUGAUAAGCAGAUUGAGGCGAAUACUCUCAUGCGAGAGUGGGAGUAG